AUCCUCACCUUAUAUACCAAAACUCCCUUAAUCUCUGUCCUCAGUUCACUUGCAAAAACUUCAUCUACAAAAAACCCAAAAAAAAAACUUUCUUGAGCCUCAUCUUUAUAAUCACAAAGGGAAAAUGGGCUUCACUAGUUAUGCAGAAAUUUCUGAAUCACUUCAUCGUACUCGCAAAUUCUUCCUUAUAUGCAACUACAUUCUUCUUGGAGCAGCUUCCAGCUGCAUUUUCUUGACCCUUUCUCUUCGCCUUAUCCCUUCGCUCUGUGGCUUUUUCCUCAUUCUUCUCCACAUUUUCACAAUUGGGGGCGCAGUCUUUGGCUGCGCCGCCGUUUCCACUUCCUCAGGAACUGGAAAAUGGUAUGGACCCCACAUGGUUUCAACUGUUUUAACAGCCAUUUUGCAGGGUUCUGUUUUUGUGCUGAUUUUUACAAGAACGGGUGAUUUUCUUGGAAAGUUAAAGUCUUAUGUUAGGGAAGAAGAUGGUGAAAUGAUUUUGAGAUUGGGUGGUGGAUUGUGUGCUUUGAUAUUUUGCCUUGAGUGGGUUGUGCUUACACUUGCAUUUUUCUUGAAAUAUUAUUCUUAUGUGGAAGGUGAUGGUAAUGUUGUUGGUGGAUCAAUUGCUAUGAAAAGAAGUGCUAAGGUUCAAGAUGAGGAAGAUAUCAAGAAUUGGCCAUGGCCUUUUCAAGUCUAAGUAGUAAUAUAAAUUGGUCUUUUCUUGGGGGGAGUGGGAGUGGGAGUGGGAGGGGGUAAAGCUAUUAUAUCAUAGCUUAAAUUAAUUGUUUAUUUGGGUUUUCUUCUUUUCUUUG